AUGACAGAUGACCAAGACCUUUCAGAGGUGGAAAUGAGCCCGGUGGGUUCCGAAGACCAUCACUGCCUCUCACCGGGACCUUCCAUGGCAUCAGAUACCCCCUCUCAUCUCACCAGCUCCGGGAGCGGAGAGAUGGGGAAGGUCAAGAAGGAACAGCAAGACUCAGAGACGGACGACGAUAAGUUCCCCGUGUGCAUCCGGGAGGCAGUGAGCCAGGUGCUGAGUGGCUACGACUGGACCCUGGUGCCCAUGCCUGUGCGGGUCAAUGGGAGCAACAAAAGCAAACCCCAUGUCAAGCGGCCCAUGAACGCCUUCAUGGUGUGGGCACAGGCUGCCCGCAGGAAAUUGGCUGACCAGUACCCUCACCUCCACAAUGCAGAGCUCAGUAAGACCCUCGGGAAGCUCUGGAGGUUAUUGAAUGAAAGCGACAAGCGGCCCUUCAUCGAAGAGGCAGAGCGACUUAGGAUGCAGCACAAGAAGGACCACCCCGAUUACAAGUACCAGCCGCGCCGGCGGAAAAAUGGCAAGGCCUCCCAGGGCGAGGGUGAGGGCCAAGCCGAGGGAGAAGCUGGCGGGGCUGCAGCUAUCCAGGCCCACUAUAAGAAUGCCCACUUGGAUCACAGACAUCCUGGGGAAGGAUCCCCCAUGUCUGAUGGGCACCCCGAGCACUCCUCAGGUCAAAGCCAUGGACCCCCCACUCCUCCAACAACUCCAAAGACAGAACUCCAGGCAGGCAAAGCUGACUCCAAGCGGGAAGGGCGCUCUCUUGGGGAAGGGGGCAAGCCUCACAUUGACUUUGGCAACGUGGAUAUUGGGGAGAUCAGCCAUGAAGUGAUGUCCAACAUGGAGACCUUCGAUGUCAAUGAAUUCGACCAGUACCUGCCACCCAAUGGACACGCUGGCCAUCCAGGCCAUGUUGGGGGCUAUGCGGCAGCAGCGGCCGCUGGCUACGGCCUCGGGAGUGCCCUGGCUGCAGCCAGUGGACACUCUGCCUGGAUCUCCAAGCAGCAUGGAGUCUCCUUGUCUGCUGGCACAUCAUCGGUGGUGGACUCCAAGGCACAGGUGAAAACGGAGGGUUCUGCCCCUGGAGGCCAUUACACUGACCAGCCCUCCACUUCCCAGAUAGCAUAUACGUCCCUGAGCCUGCCCCACUAUGGCUCGGCUUUCCCCUCCAUCUCCAGGCCCCAGUUUGACUACCCCGACCACCAGCCCUCAGGACCCUACUAUAGCCACUCCAGCCAAGCCUCUGGCCUCUACUCUGCCUUCUCGUAUAUGGGACCCUCGCAACGUCCCCUAUACACUGCCAUCUCUGACCCUGCACCCUCUGUGCCACAGUCCCACAGCCCCACACAUUGGGAACAGCCCGUGUAUACAACUCUCUCCAGACCGUAG